GUGAGAAAAAAUAUAGUUAUCUCGGUCUAAUUUAUUGCACCAGUUCAACAGUACAGCUGAAAAGACCAGAGUUUUGUUUUUACUUUUCGUAAUCGUUGACUGGCGUAGGAGCUAGAGUGUAACAGCUUUGCUCAGAGCCACUUAUUGAACCAGAAUCAGAAUAAAAAGAACAGAUUAUUUGACAGUGUGAAGUUUCAUCCGUGUCAGUAGAGGUUAUCCACUUACGUGUUGUGCGCGUAUUCCACAAAAGGAUAUCGUUCCACGUAAAAUGGAAAAUAUAUAACGGAAAAAAAUAUGCAAUUGUGUUACAUUGUAUUAAAUAUACUGAAAACACUAUAUAAUGAAAACACUAUAUAAUGUCAAAAGAGUAAUGAAUUGGUCAAGUUUUUGAUUGGUCACUAAUUUGAGAUUAGAAUUUCUUUCUUCUGUAAAGUGUGCUUUAUGAGAUUGAAUAUUUAUCACUUAUUGCGUUUCUUUUUUCAUUUUUCUUCUUAGUUCUAUGCGGAACAAUAUCUUAAGUUUUACAUUUUUUUGGUACAACCAGUUUUACAUGUUCCUGUAAACCUUAACUUGGGAUUUAUAGCAUCGGAUAAUUGAUCUGGAACCCAAAACAAAAUUUUGUCAAGGUAAAGAUGUUCUUGAACGAAUGAAUUACUUAUACCAGGCUAGCCAUCUGAUGGCAUUAAAAAACAAGGGUAUGUCGUCUUACUAUGGGAACAUGAUGAUAGGUUGUGCUAGAAAAGCAGUAUUACGUAUGGAACCAAAUCUAAAGAGAACCUUGUGUAAAUGUUGCCAAACUCCACUUAUACCUGGAGAAACAGCUAGAGUUAGAUUAAUUUCAAAGCCUGUCAAAGGUAUUAAAUGGACAUGUCUAACUUGUAUGAACGCUAAACAGUUCCCCACAAGAAAAGGACAUAAAUUGUGGCUCGAUGAGCCACAGGCAGUCAGUGAGACGCUUGACUAUACACCAGAAUCAAAGAAGGAAAAUGUUCGGCAGUCAGAUCUGCUGGAAAAGACUGAGGAGAUGUGUAAAGAAACAGGAUGAAUGAAAUAAGAUAAAAUAUUAAAUGCAGUCGCUUAAUUUUUAACGUAAUUUAGUAGUCAUUCAACUUUAACGUGAAGCAAUUUAAGACAAGAAUUGGUGUACGAAUAUUUUUUAUUAAUGACUUACAUAAAAUAUGUUACAAUAUUACAAUAAAUUUGUAAUUAAUAAACAGAGAGACUUUUGCGCUAACUGGUA